GCGGCCGAGGAGGGAUCACUGGCGGGCGGGACCACACCAGAGGUCCGCCCCCGCCAGCGGUUGCCUUCGCGCGCCAAAAUCAAAACCGGACAGCCGGCGGAGGGUGAGUCUACGAGUCGCAGUCAGGUUAAAUUCGGCGGCGGAGCUAGCACCUGUGACCACCUCCAGCCUUCCCUGCCCGACGCGCCGUCACAAGGCUAGGAUGGCCACCCCGCCCAAGAGAAGCUGCCAGUCCCCCGCGACCAGCACUGAUGGAUCUCGCAUCAAGAAAAUCUCCAUCGAAGGGAAUAUCGCUGCAGGGAAGUCAACAUUUGUGAAUAUCCUUAAACAAGUCUGCGAGGAUUGGGAAGUAGUUCCUGAGCCUAUUGCCAGAUGGUGCAAUGUUCAAAGUACUCAAGGUGAAUUUGAGGAACUGACAACAUCUCAGAAAAAUGGUGGAAAUGUUCUUCAGAUGAUGUACGAGAAACCUGAACGAUGGUCUUUUACCUUUCAGUCAUAUGCCUGUCUCAGCCGAAUACGAGCUCAGCUUGCCUCUCUCAAUGGCAAGCUCAAAGAUGCAGAGAAACCUGUAUUAUUUUUUGAACGAUCUGUGUAUAGUGACAGGUAUAUUUUUGCAUCUAAUUUGUAUGAAUCUGACUGCAUGAAUGAAAUAGAGUGGACAAUUUAUCAAGACUGGCAUGACUGGAUGAAUAACCAGUUUGGCCAAAGCCUUGAAUUGGAUGGAAUCAUUUAUCUUCGAGCCACUCCACAGAAAUGCUUAAAUAGAAUAUAUUUACGGGGAAGAAAUGAAGAGCAGGGCAUUCCUCUUGAAUAUUUAGAGAAGCUGCACUACAGACAUGAAAGCUGGCUCCUACAUAGAACACUGAAAACCAACUUUGAUUAUCUAAAAGAGGUGCCUAUCUUAAUAUUGGAUGUUAAUGAAGACUUUAAAGACAAAUAUGAAAGUCUGGUUGAAAAGGUCAAAGAAUUUUUGAGUACUCUAUGAUCCUGUUGAAGACUACAGGCAGCCAAAUAGUUCCAGAUACUUCAGCUUUGUGUAUCUUCAUACGUCCAUAUUCAUACAAGUCUCUCUA